AUGGGGACGGACGUGGAGAAGAUGAUCGCGGUGGGGAUCAUCUGGGGCGCGACGAACGCCGUCAUGCGCCGCGGGGCGAUGAUCUGGGACCGGAAGCUCCAAUCAGCUGGAAGGCGGGAAGCAGAUCGCUCUGAUCACCGACUCCACCAGCGGAUCCUAGGGCACGCGAGGAAAUGGCUGGAUCUCCUCUUGGUAUGGCAGUACUCGGUGCCCUUCUUGGUGAAUUUGUCGGCGUCCGCCGCCUUCUUCUACGUGUUGAGCAGUUCCCCAAUCUCCGUGGCCGUACCGGUGACGAACGCGGUCACCUUCGCGGCGACCGCGGUCUCCGCCAUGAUUCUCGGCGAGGAGAUGCGCAUCAGGCACGCCUUGCUCGGGACUUCUCUUAUUGUCUUGGGGAUCUGUCUUUGUAUCUCGUGA